UUUCAAGUACAUAGCACUACACCAAAUUUCAGUCUCGAGCUCGUCAUGAACGAACAUAUAUCAAUGCGUGUCAACUCUGCCCGUCUUGCCGGAAUAAAGGGCAGGACAGUCCGUCUCCCUUGCAAAGUCCUCCGACUUUCAGAUGACAUCGCCAUCGUCGAAGCGAGUGAUGGUGGCCAGGUAGAGAUCCAAAGGAAGAAUGUGGAUGUGACUGCCACCUAUGUCGAGGUUAUUGGAAGUGUGGUAGAUGCGUCCACAAUAAAAGCUAUGGCGACACUUCCGUUGGAUUCAGAAGAAGAGCUAGAUAUGCAACUGGUCAACGACGUGAUUGAGCUCACGUUUGAAUCGAGAUUCGACAAGCUCUUCCCUCGGUACCAAGAAACGGAAACUAGCAUGCCUACACAUUGAUUAUCUAGCAGCAUAUACAAAACUUUCUGUUGUACUUUACCGCACGUCGCAUCACAUAAAUUGAGAAAAGUAUCUCCAUCCAUCGCCCCUA